UGUCCAAUUAAUGUCCAGCAGCAAGUAACGAUGAAUCACGUAGUAGAAGGGAGGGUAUAGAAUAUAGGGAAGAGGCAGCGUCUCGUUAGUUCAAAGCGACACGAUACGCAUAAUAGCUUCUGUUUUAUUUAUAAGGAAUCUCCAAUACUAAGUCUCCGUGUUUGAUAAAAUAUAGAACCAUGAAAAUCUUAUUAUUCUUAAUUGUGGCAAUAUUUGCCACAGCACAAGCUGUUUCCUUCUUCGAAGUUGUCAAAGAAGAAUGGGUGUCAUUUAAGACAGAACAUUCGAAAGAGUAUAAGUCUGAUAUCGAAGAAAAGUUUAGAAUGAAGAUAUUCAUGGAUAACAAACAUAAAAUUGCAAAACAUAAUACUAAUUAUGAAAAAAAACAAGUUGGCUAUAAAUUGAAGAUGAACAAAUAUGGAGAUAUGCUUCAUCAUGAAUUUAUAAAUGUAUUAAAUGGUUUUAACAAAUCCGUAAAUACUAUAACUCGACCAUCUUAUACUGGAGCUAUGUUUGUUGAACCAGCAAAUGUUCAACUACCAGAAUCUGUAGAUUGGAGAGAGAGUGGAGCUGUUACUCCAAUUAAAGAUCAGGGGCACUGUGGUUCAUGUUGGGCAUUCUCAUCGGUUGGAGCUCUGGAAGGACAACAUUUCCGUACUAAAGGAGUUCUGACUUCUUUAAGUGAACAAAAUUUAAUUGAUUGCAGUGGAAAAUAUGGUAACAAUGGAUGUCAAGGUGGAAUGACGGACGCAUCGUUCCAAUAUAUUAAAGAAAAUCAUGGUAUCGAUACGGAAGAAAGUUAUCCAUACGAAGCGAUAAAUGAUAAGUGCAGAUACAAUCCGAGGAACAGCGGUGCCGAUGAUAUUGGUUUCGUAGACGUUCCCGCAAACGAUGAAGCUAAACUCAAAGCAGCUGUUGCUACUGUAGGACCAAUUUCUGUUGCUAUUGAUGCUUCUCACGAAACAUUCCAGUUUUAUUCUGAAGGAAUUUAUUAUGAACCAAAUUGUUCUUCGGAAGACUUGGAUCACGCAGUAUUAGUAAUAGGUUAUGGAACUGAUGAAGAUGGUAAAGAUUAUUGGUUGGUAAAGAACAGUUGGGGAACAACAUGGGGUGACAACGGUUACAUUAAAAUGGCUAGGAAUGAACGGAACAACUGCGGCAUCGCAACUGCUGCUAGUUAUCCCCUUGUUGGAUCUCAAUGAUGAUAUAACACCGUAAAUACCUUUAAGGAUAAAAAAAAA